AUGCUUAAAUUACUUGUCGUCUUAGAUCCAGAGCACGUCAGAGGCGUGCUCAAUUCCUCAUCCGAAUGUGAUCCAAACCCGUUCAUCCACGACAAGAUCAUGGGCGCUUUGAUGGGAAGCCCACAAGAAGCCAUCGACCAUUACAAGUCCGAGAAUGGUAAUACAGAUUACAUUCAAACAACACACAUCCGACAGCAUACCACUGGAUCGAACCUUGGCUUACUUGCCAAACGGCUUUUCGAUGUCAUGAAACGGACCGUCACCGAAAGCUUGUCUUCAAUCCCAGAAGGUGAAUGGAAGGACAUUCCUGAUCUCUACGACUUCAUCGAAUAUCACGCAUCCUACGGCAUUGCCGAAACCCUUCUCGGCACAUCCAUCAUGUAUCCAGGAAUCAUAUCCGAUCUCUGGAUCCACAUUGAAGCCACGGAUCAAUUCUUCAUGGGCCUUCCCCGCUUCCUUAUCCCCAAAGCCUACGCCGCGCGUGAUCGCCUGCUCAACGCCAUUAGAGCUUGGACCAAGGAAUCCGAAGUGUUACGCAAGCAAAACGCUGUAAACACUACCUGGGACCCCAUCGCAGGUUCUGGUCUUCUCCAAGAGAGAGAGGAACUAUAUAGCAAGAUGGCUGGCCACGGUGUGGAUGGCCGCUCCGCACAAACCCUCGGCCUCCUCUACGGCGGAACCAGUCUUACCGUGCCAGUAACAUUCUGGUACUUUUUCGAAACACUACGCGAUCCCUCUCUACACCGUCGCGUGCUCGAUGAAAUCAGGAAUGGUGUCAAUGAAGAGACGCAAGGCUACAGUUUUAUGCAAUUGAGCGCGCGGCCUUUGUUGCAGUCUCUUCAUGCGGAGACGACACGAAUGUAUAGUUCCAACCUCGCUGUAAGAGAAGUCACAGCCCCGACAUAUGUGCUUGACGAGAAAUACACUAUACCAAAAGGCACCGAGGUUUAUCUCUCUCAUAAGUACAAUGGGCAGUUCACCCCAGGGUGGAAGGCUGCAAGGCCUCAGGCUACUGCGAAACCCCUGGAUACUUUCUGGGCUGAACGGUACUUGGUCAGCGGCAGCGGGAACGACGACAAAAGGGGAAAGUUCAGCGAUGCAGGUUUGAGUGGUAAUUAG